AAAAAAAAAAAAAAAAGGGUGCCCCACGAUCCUCCAUCCAUGCCUUGCUUUCUCUCACCAGCAGCAGCAACUUUAGUUAAAAAAUUGCUGUCUCACCAUCUCCCUCGGAAAAGUCUCAUCUCUCUCUUUCUCUCUCUAUAAUUAUUGCUCUGUUUCUCUCUCCCCCUCUUUUUCUCUCUCAAAUCAGUUGCUCUCUUUCUGUCGUCGUUUUUUUCUUUUCGUAUAAAUAGGCUCCGUUUUUCCUCUGCUCGGUACCUCCAAAUGGCGCCGAGUCUCAAGGACCUCCAGCUCAGCCAGGUCGUGGCCGCCGGCCGCAAGUCACAGGCAAUUGUCGCCGGCGGUGAUGACUCCGGGGACCUGGAGGACGUGAGGCUCCUCGAUGCUUAUGAGGCUUCGGAGGGGGUCGAACAGGGGAUGAAGAGGAUUCAGGUCGGAGUCACUGGCAUGACCUGCGCUGCUUGCUCCAAUUCGGUGGAAGCAGCUCUCAAGAGCGUCAAUGGGGUUAUAACGGCCUCCGUGGCCUUGCUUCAGAACAAGGCCGAUGUACUCUUCGAUCCUAGAUUGGUCAAGGAUGAAGACAUCAAGAAUGCAAUUGAAGAUGCAGGGUUUGAAGCAGAGAUUCUAUCUGAACCUAAUGCAACCGGAACAAAGCCUCAUGGAACCCUGUUAGGCCAGUUCUCAAUAGGAGGUAUGACAUGUGCAGCCUGUGUGAACUCUGUUGAAGGCAUUUUGGGAAAUCUGCCUGGUGUCAAAAAGGCCGUUGUUGCAUUGGCUACUUCAUUAGGGGAAGUUGAGUAUGAUCCUAUUAUGAUAAGUAAAGAUGAUAUAGUGAAUGCAAUUGAAGAUGCUGGUUUUGAAGCAUCAUUUGUACAGAGCAGUGAGCAGGAUAAAAUUUUGUUGGGGGUCACUGGCAUAAGCAGUGAGAUAGAUGUACAGAUUUUAGAAAGCAUACUAAGCAACUUGAAAGGGGCAAGACAAUUUUAUAUUGACAGGAACUCAAGAGAACUUGAAAUCCUGUUUGACCCCGAAGUAGUCAAUUCUAGAUCCUUAGUUUAUGAGAUUGAAGGGGGGAGCGGUGGGAAGUUUAAAUUACAUGUGGCAAGCCCUUAUACAAGAAUGACUUCUAAAGAUGCUGAAGAAGCAUCAAAUAUGUUUCGGCUAUUCCUCUCCAGUCUGUUUCUCAGCAUUCCUGUCUUUCUCAUUCGAGUAGUUUGUCCUCACAUACCAUUCGUGUAUUCCUUGCUUCUCUGGCAAUGCGGACCCUUCCAAAUGGGUGAUUGGUUGAAGUGGGCAUUGGUUACUCUUGUUCAAUUUGGUGUUGGGAAGCGCUUCUACAUUGCAGCUGGCAGAGCCCUACGAAAUGGUUCAACUAACAUGGAUGUUUUGGUUGCAUUGGGAACUUCAGCAUCUUACUUCUACUCUGUUUGUGCUCUUCUAUAUGGUGCUUUCACUGGGUUUUGGUCUCCUACAUACUUUGAAACAAGUGCAAUGCUGAUAACAUUUGUACUUUUGGGGAAGUAUUUGGAAUGUUUGGCAAAAGGGAAAACAUCAGAUGCCAUCAAGAAAUUGGUAGAACUCGCACCAGCAACAGCAAUGCUGAUUAUCAAGGGGAAAGAUGGGAGAUGUAUUGGAGAAAGGGAAAUUGAUGCAUUGCUAAUUCAGCCUGGUGAUACACUGAAAGUUCUUCCUGGUGCCAAAGUUCCUGCUGAUGGUACUGUUGUGUGGGGGUCGAGUUAUGUCAAUGAGAGUAUGGUGACUGGCGAAUCUAUACCUGUCCUGAAGGAAGUUGGUUCAUCGGUUAUUGGGGGCACAAUAAAUUUACAUGGUGCUCUUCACAUACAAGCUACUAGAGUUGGUUCCGAUGCGGUGUUGAGUCAGAUAAUAAGUUUGGUUGAGACAGCCCAAAUGUCCAAAGCUCCCAUUCAGAAGUUUGCUGAUUUUCAUAUUUGUGACUUGCAGAUUGCCAGCAUCUUUGUACCUACAGUUGUUUCCAUGGCAUUGUUGACAUUGUUGGGUUGGUAUGCCGCUGGAGCACUUGGAGCCUACCCAGCAGACUGGCUCCCUGUAAAUGGAAAUCAUUUUGUUUUUGCCCUUAUGUUCUCUAUCUCAGUAGUUGUCAUUGCAUGUCCCUGUGCUCUCGGAUUGGCAACUCCAACUGCUGUUAUGGUUGCAACGGGGGUUGGGGCUAAUAACGGUGUGCUGAUAAAAGGAGGAGAUGCUUUGGAAAGGGCUCAAAAAGUUAAGUACGUAAUAUUUGAUAAAACGGGCACCCUUACACAGGGAAAAGCCACUGUUACAUCAGCGAAAGUUUUCACAGGAUUAGAUCGCGGAGAAUUCCUUAAGUUGGUAGCUUCUGCAGAGGUUAGCAGUGAACAUCCACUGGCGAAAGCUAUAGUGGAAUAUGCACGCCAUUUUCAUUUCUUUGAUGAUUCUUCUGCAACCAAAGAUGGUGAAAAGCAUAGCAAAAACUCCACAAUCCCAGAAUGGCUCUUUGAUGUCUCAGAAUUCACUUCCCUUCCUGGAAGAGGUGUCCAGUGCUUUAUAGAUGGAAAACGGAUUUCGGUUGGUAAUCGGAAGCUAAUGAUUGAAUGUGGAAUUGACAUUCCUACCCAUGUUGAGAAUUAUGUGGUAGAGCUGGAAGAAAGUGCAAAAACUGGCAUACUUGUUGCAUUUAAUGGUAAAUUAAUUGGUGUUUUGGGGGUUGCAGACCCACUCAAGAGGGAAGCAGCUGUAGUGGUCGAGGGCCUUGGGAAAAUGGGUGUGAGACCAGUCAUGGUCACAGGGGAUAAUUGGAGGACAGCGCGGGCUGUUGCUAAAGAGGUUGGCAUUCAAGAUGUACAGGCAGAGGUAAUGCCAGCAGGAAAAGCUGAUGUAGUUCGAUCAUUUCAGAGAGAUGGAAGUGUAGUUGCAAUGGUUGGUGAUGGUAUUAAUGACUCUCCGGCUCUAGCUGCGGCAGAUGUUGGUAUGGCUAUCGGGGCAGGGACGGAUAUUGCUAUAGAAGCAGCUGACUAUGUGUUGAUGAGGAACAACUUAGAAGAUGUAAUCACAGCCAUUGAUCUCUCAAGGAAGACAUUUUCUCGUAUCAGAUUGAAUUAUGUAUUUGCCAUGGCCUACAAUGUGAUUGCAAUCCCAGUUGCUGCAGGGCUUUUCUAUCCUUCCCUAGGGAUCAAGUUACCACCAUGGGCUGCUGGGGCUUGCAUGGCCUUAUCUUCUGUUAGUGUUGUAUGCUCUUCUUUACUACUUAGGAGAUACAAAAAACCCAGACUUACCACUAUACUGGAAAUUACUGUAGAGUAGGUUGAUGAUAAGUGAAGGGAAUUGGUGUGAGUGCAAUGUGGCAUCUCAAUUUUGUGUUUUCUUUUGCCUUUUCCUUAAAUUUCAUGAGGUGUAAUUUAUCGCCCAUGUCGCAAGUUGUAAAUGCCACUUGUACAAUAAUUAAUAUAAAUAUAUUUUUCCA